CCUUUCUCUCAUCUCAUCUGUAGUCACACUUCUCAUCAGCACUCCGGCCAUGGGAGACAUCAAGCAUCUGGCGGUGGUUAAGUUCAAGGAAGGAGUGGUGGUUGAAGACAUAGUGAAAGGGAUGGAGAAGCUGGUUUCAGAGAUUGACAUCGUCAAGUCCUUCGAAUGGGGCCAAGACACGGGAAACAUUGAGAUGUUGUCUCAAGGCUUCACCCACACUUUCACGGUCACAUUCCGCAGUGCAGAAGAUCUUGCUACUUAUGUCAGCCAUCCAAGCCAUGUUGAAUUCUCCGGCAUCUUUUCUGCAGCAAUUGAGAAAGCAAUAUUGCUUGAUUUCCCUACUGUUGUUGUCAAGGCCCCAGCAUGAUUCACAAGAUGUUGGGAUGAUCAAGAACUACUCCUCAAGUCUGUGUUCUCUCUGUGUGUGUGUGCGCGCGCGCUUGAGCACAUCUUUCUUUGCAGGGUCGUACCAUUUUCUGUUGUUGAUUCUAUUAUGUGGGUGGUACUGUAAUACUUCCCAUGAAGAUUUCGGAUUGUUCUUCAAUGUAGUCAGUCUGGUUUUUGUAUCUUGAUAUGGAUCAACCUUUUCUUAUA